ACGGACGCAUCCAUGGAGGGCUCGUGCAGCAGUCCUCUGCCGUACUAUUUCCAAAACCACAUUUCAACAUGACCUAAGAAGUAAAAACCCGGCUCUCUCAGCCAGAAGCUCGCCGUUUUUUUUUUUAACCAAACAGCCCCCUCAGCAUCCUCGCGGCACCAAUUUACAACUUUGUCCCUCUUACAUCCCCCCCUUUGCUUCCCUGAAACCCCUCCCCUGUACUUUUUCAUCCGCUCCCGGGAGAUAAGUCAAUUCCCUGGAAAAUAGCGGAGGUUGCUCGUUUAUUUUUAUUCCUUACUUUCGGGGACUCGCAUGGAUGUGGCAGCGGAACAGGGGAUGUCUCUGCCGGGUAUCCGACUCUGGAAUCGACCGGAGCAAGUGAUGCCGAGCCAGAAGAGGGUGAAAGCGAGACGGAAAAGACGAAAGGAGUUGGUUUUGAUCCAGAUAUGCUUGUUCGGCGGCUUGCUUCUGGUCGUGAAGGGGUUUUCCUACUUAGCGGAAAAUUCAGGUUUCGACGUCUCAAGCCACAGCAGCGAGGACCAGGAGAGAUGGGGAGGAAGGAGGCUACUGCAGGAAACGUACAACAGCAGCCUGGAGGAAAUGGGGAGUGAAGGAUCUAAGAACUGCACUGCUCCAGCUCUGCACGAGUUCCCGACAGACCUGUUCACCAACAAGGAGAGAACAGAAGGAGCUGUGGCCCUGCAUGUCCUUUGUGCCAUCUACAUGUUCUGCGCUCUGGCCCUUGUCUGUGAUGACUACUUCGUCCCAUCCUUGGAGAAGUUGUGUGAGCGUCUCAAUCUCAGUGAGGACGUAGCAGGUGCCACUUUCAUGGCUGCAGGAAGCUCUGCCCCUGAGCUCUUCACAUCUAUCAUAGGGGUGUUCAUCACUAAAGGAGACGUGGGUGUGGGGACCAUUGUGGGUUCAGCCGUUUUCAACAUCCUCUGUAUCAUCGGUGUUUGUGGCUUCUUCGCUGGUCAGGCAGUGAAGCUCUCUCACUGGGCUCUUCUCCGAGAUUCCGUUUAUUACACGUUUGCCAUCACGGCCCUCAUUGUGUUCAUCUACGAUGAGAAGGUGUGCUGGUGGGAGUCUCUUGUCCUAAUUCUCAUGUAUGCAGUCUACAUCCUCAUUAUGAAGUUUAACGGCAAGGUGCAGCGCUACUUUGACCGUCGAAAGAAGAACUCAAUGAAUCUGGCCAACGGGCUGACAGGAAGCACUGAUCUGGAGGACAAUGUGACGUGUGAUGCUACUGCAGUCCUGCUCAAGAAAGCUAACUUCCACUGUAAGCCGUCGGUGCUGAUGGUGGACGAGCUGCUGUCUGCAUACCCUCACCAGCUGACUUUCUCUGAGGCCGGCAUGAGGAUCAUGAUCACCAGCCAUUUUUCACCGAGAACGCGCCUCACCAUGGCCUCACGCAUGCUCAUCAAUGAGAGACAAAGACUGAUCAACACCACUGAGACUCGAGUCAACCGCAUAACUAACGGCGACAGCGAAGCUGCAGCCAGGACUCAGGGGAGGCGGAGCUUAGAGAACGGGAUGGGUGCAGCAGAGCAGGGUCUGAAUGGGCGCUGCAGACUUCAGAGGCUGGAGUCUGGGAACGAGACAGAGAAUGAGAAUGAGGAUAACGAGAACAAUGAAAACGAUGGGGAGGGAGAGGGAGAAGAUGACAACGAUGGCCCCAUAGUGCCCUUUAAAAUCCCAGCUGGAGCGUGUAACAAGCUCAAGUGGCUGGUCAUGUGGCCGUUGGCUCUGCUCCUCUUCUUCACGGUGCCAAACUGUGCCAAGCGGCGCUGGGAGAAAUGGUUCAUGGUCUCCUUCUUCACUGCCACCAUCUGGAUCGCUGGUCUCUCCUACAUCAUGGUCUGGAUGGUGACUGUGAUCGGCUUCACUCUGGGAAUUCCUGACGUCAUCAUGGGCAUUACCUUUUUAGCAGCAGGCACCAGCGUCCCAGACUGCAUGGCCAGUGUUAUCGUCGCUCGACAAGGUCUGGGAGACAUGGCCAUCUCCAACUCCAUAGGCAGUAAUGUGUUUGACAUCCUGGUGGGCCUGGGCCUGCCGUGGGCCCUGCAAACACUCUGCAUAGACUACGGCUCCGUGGUCCAUCUUAACAGCAGAGGACUCAUAUUUUCUGUUGGACUCCUGCUGGCUUCAGUCUUCUUCACAGUUCUGGGUGUCCAUCUGAACAAGUGGACCCUGGACUGGCGACUGGGCUUGGCCUGCCUCAUCCUGUACGCCAUCUUCCUUUCCUUCUCCAUCCUCAUUGAGUUUAACGUCUUCAUCUUCGUCAACCUUCCCAUGUGCCGAGACAUCCACUGACCUCCCUCCUCCCCCUCCUCCUUUUCGUCUUCUCCUGCCUUCUCUGGUGAAUGGAGGAAACCUCACCUGGCUUCCAGUUUCCUCGGCGCCUCAGAGCCAAGUCCUACCUUUUUAUUUUUUCAAAUAGAAAAAUAGAGCUGUUUAUGAUUUAUCUUUGGUGCAAUACACACGUGACGUGAGGGAAGACACCGGAAGGUAACGGGACAAGACAGGAAGCGAGAAAGAGGAGUCCCAGCUGCAGAGUUUUACUGCAAAUCAACUGAAAGGUUUGCUGGAGUAAAGUGAACUGUAUUAACACCGACAGUUAGGCGACUGUUGGUGAAGAAGCUGCUACUGUAACUGACUGACUGGCGGGGAGGAAAGAGAGAAAUCCUGCGCUAACAGCGAUUUUCAGCUGGAUUGUUUGUUACUCUUUGUACAAGUUUGGAUAUAAGCACACAAUUAAGGUAUUUUUAAGUAAAAACUGGCUUUCUCUGUACAUAUAAAUAUAUAUAUAUUUGUGGAAUAUGUAAGAACUUAUUAGCUGAUAUGUGGAAUUCUCUUAUGCACAACUGGAUCAAUCCUGCAAAACUGAAUGAUCCAAUAACUUAAGUGAUUGGUCAGUAACGCACAUACAAAAAACCACUUCUCCCAUGCUGAUUCCAGCCAACAUAGCAUGCUGUAGUAGCCACAGGUCAGCUCUAGCUUUGCACUGACAGAUAGAUGUUUAAUACUAGUCACAAAGAGUCUCUUCUUGUUUGUUUUUCUGCUUGUCUUCAGACAUAUCCAAGUAGAUGUGGGCUUUAUUUUUUCAUCAAUAAAUUCCACAUAGGAAAGGGAUUUCCCUGGACCUGACAUACAGCACUGUCACUUUAUGGGUUAGAGAUAUUAUUCUAUCAUUGCAACGCCUGUACAGGUACUUUAAACACAUAACUACUGAAUUUAAGUUCCCUCUUUAGGCGCUAGAGGUCUUGUACAAUAUUAAAGAAUUAGUUUGAUUAGUUUCUGAGUUGAGGAUAAUGUUAUUUCUUAAAGCCAAAUUGUUCUCAGUGUAGGAGUAAGUUGAGUCAGCUUGAGUGAGUGAGAGAGAGAGUGUGUAUGUGUGCAUGUGUGUGUUGCAGUCUCGAGGGGAACCAAGGAGUCCGCUGUUACUGGGAAGACAUAAUCAUGAUUUAUUUAUGAAUUAAUUUAUUCAAAGAUCAUGUCUGACCUCCAGUUUCAGCCCUUUGGAUCAUGUACAGUGUAUUUUCAAAGGAACACUCUCUGAUGACAGAGCUGUACAAAGUACUGUACCUAAUAUAUAAUCCAAGUACUGGAAACUGACUUGAUGUUGUUUAUAUUUAAUAGAAGUUUAUAAUUUAUAAGUUUUGUAUAGUUUGGAAAGAUAUUGCAACAUUUGUAUAUUGGUACAAAAACAGCUGUUUUUGAUGAUGAUGCACGGCUGCACAGGGUUGCAUUCCUGUGAAAAUGUUGUGAUUUUUUUCCAUGAGACGGACUGAAAUGCAAUCUUUACCACUGGUCCUAACACAUAAACGGGUGAGACGCUGUAGCUGAUCCCCUCGCAUGUUGAAUUAGUGAUGAAUUCUGGAUGUAAAAGAUUCACUUUCAGAUAAAAAAAAGGUGUAAAAAGUGCGAACUGAUGGCACUUCACCCUUUGAACUUUCACAACAUGUUGUUUCUGAAACACAGUGCUUGAAUUCUCGUGCCAUCCCUUGUAUUUGAGGCUUCAAACGCAAUGCUUGCGGCCAUUCUCCUGCUUGUAUUUGAGCCAAAAAAAAACACCUUUGUCAACAGUAUUGCCACUCUGUUUCAGCAUGUGUUCAAACAAAAUGUGGAAGAUAUGUAUUUUUGUUUCAUUCUAUUUUUAUCUUAAAGGAGAAAUCUCAUGUUUAAAAGGGUUAAUUAGUUAAAGGCAUCCUGAGUCUUUGUGCUGCUGCUCCUCCUGCGACCACAUGAGGGCGCUGAUGAGCUGUACAGCAGCUGCAGAAGUUUGGGGAUAUUUUCAGGUAGGCUACAUAGGGACAAAUGCCGGUUGGUUUGCAUGCCUCUUUCAUAAUUCAGAUUAUUUUGUGUGUGAUUUUAAUGAACUAUCAAGAUUGAAAAGGCACUGUCUUGAUUAUGCUGUACAUAUCAGGGGGAUAUGCUAUAAUAGACACAGAUGUUGGAUAACUUCUGAUUGAAGGGCAGUUAUAUUUGAGAUAUCUACAGUAUUUAGAAUGUAGGCCUACAACAGUUAGUUUUCAGCUAAUUAAUGUUGUUUUAUGCUCAUGUCUUUAGAAUUGUUUGUAAAUCCUCAUUUUUGUUGAUGAGGACCUUUGGGCAGAGCUGUAGGCCUUGUACC